AUGGACAAACUUGAGAAGCUGCGUCCAGUGGGUUUACUGGAGAAGUUCUCCACCGCACGGCACCCUCUGGGGUUUUACUACAACGUUGCUCUGGCGGCGUCCUACACGCUUCCGGAAUCCUUCGCUCUGCCACUGAAGGACUAUAUAUAUAAGGCUACUGAAACACUCAUCAACCAGCAUCCGAUUCUGUCUGCAAUCCCCGUGGAUGAGGAAACGAACGACCCCUACUUCGCUCGCCUACCAGAAAUCGACCUCUCCCAGCAGAUUCUUUUCCAGAAGCGCUCUGUCAGCCCCACCGAUAUAGAUGAGCCUGACACUGAGCUGCAAUCUCUUCUCCAAGAGCAGCAUGCCAUCGGGUUUAAAAACCCGCUCCCCUACUGGAGACUGUUGAUCCUCACCGACGAUGCCAAGGACAAGCCCUUCACAGCUGUCUUCGUCUACCAUCACGCAAUUGGGGAUGGCGGGUCGGGAAAGGCCUUUCAUCGAACAUUUCUAGAGGCUCUUCGCGGCGCGGCAUCCCUGAAACCAGACGAAGCCCAGCAGAUUGUCGCCUCCCCGGAUACACCGCUGCUGCCUAACCUCGAGGCAGCGCAUCCUCUCCCGCUCUCGUUCUCGUAUCUCAUGAAGCUCCUAUUCAAGGAGAAAAUCUACACCAAGCAAGACCGCGCUCUGUGGACCGCUGCAACGAUCCGCAGCCCGCUGACAACGCACCUUCGCCUCAUUGCGCUGUCCGCGGCGCAGACCUCCGCCUUACUCAAGCUCUGCCGCCAAAACAACACCACCGUCACCUGUGCCGUGCAGACCGUCAUUGCGCGCGCGACCUUCCCACAUCUCCCUGAGGAAUACGCGCGCGUCAUGUGCAGCGGGGCCAUUUCGUCCCGGAAAUGGUUGCCGGAGGUUAUCAAUGACGACUCGAUGGGCGUUUGGGUGCAGGAGUUCGCUGAGAUAUACAGCCGCAACGCUGUAACGGGGGGGUCGUUUCCGUGGGCCGAAGCGAAGCGGUCUCGCAAGACGAUCACAAAGGAGCUCCGUUUGAAGGGGAAAAAUACCUCCGUGGGUCUGUUGAAGUUUGUGCAUGAUUUCUCCAAGUAUCUGAUGGAGGAUCGGCUGGGAAAGCCGAGAAGAGCGUCCUACGAAGUGUCGAGUCUGGGCGUGGUGAAGACGGAGAAUCCGGAGGACGCCUCGCUGCCGCAGAUGGGGAGAGUCAUAUUCAGCCAGAGUGCGUCUGUCACGGGUAGUGCUUUCGAGGUCUCUGUUAUCACGGGCCCGGAUGGAUGUUUGGCUAUGGGCAUCUCGUGGCAGGCUGAAAUCCUCGAGGACGAUUUGAUGCUGGCGGUGAUUGAAUCGCUUAAGAAGGAGCUAAAUGAGCUUUGCAUAUAA